ACUAAAAAUGACAAUAGCUGAAUGAUUCUUUUGUUUGAAAUGUAUAAAACAUCCUAUUUGCGGGAAGUUAGUAAUGUGUUUUGUCUUUAUCGCAACAAUGUAAUCAAUGUCAAUCGCCUUAUGAGUAGGACUAUCGAACGCCAAAUAGACACUAGUUACCGUGGCGUUUGUUCGCUAAAUAAUGAUAAGCUCUGUAAAUUACUUCGUUCUCGCGAAAAUUUGCGAAGAAUAUCCACAAACACUGAUAAAGGUAACUUAAACUGCGAUUAUUCACACUCUGUGCAAGGUACUCAAAAUUCCGUUGUUUCAAAGCUACAGGAUUCAGAUCUAGCCUCUAUAGAACUGGAACGUGCCAUACAGUAUACACAAGAUGUUCUGGAAGAUCCAAUAAGCUACAUAACAAAAGAUGAAUCAAACAAAUUUUUGAUUCCAUAUCCUAAAUCUGAUAUGCAUCCCUUGUUAGAACAAAUAACAAGACCAUUCAGAAAAAGUUAUGUUUAUGAACCAGCAUCUAUAAUGGUCCACCUUUGUGUAGAGAGACUAGAAAAUGAUGAACUAACAUCAGCAUUUGGAAUCGACUCUGGGUUUAAUAUGAGAGCAUAUUUCCUAACGCUCCAUGUAUGGUUAUUACAUAGAAGAGCAGUAAAGGAGCUUCCUGAAGGAGCACUUUUAGACAGAUAUCUUUUUUCUAUAUACUUUAAUCUGUUCAAAGAGUGGCUUCUAAUAAGAAAGACUCCUGAAUACCGUUUUAACGUUGAAUUUCAAAAUUGCCAAGGAUACAUGAUGAGGUUCCUUGUUGACCUAGACAAAUCAACACUUGAUGAAGAUAUACAUCCGUACAAAAUCGCAGAGACACUCAAAAAACACAUGUACGAAGGUGAUAUAGACGAAGACCAGCUGAAGCUCCUAGUGAAAUAUACCAUACGCCAAUUCGUUCACAUCUCAAACCUCGACAGGGAACACUUCAUGGACGCCAUGUUCCUAUGGGCCGACACCAAGGAAAUAUGCACACCCCCAAGACUACUCAAGAGGGCAAUGUCACAACUCAUAAAAUACGGGGGAUAUAAGCCGCUCCCAGCUUCCGCCGAGAAACUAGAGGCCGGAAGUAAAAAAAUAGAUAAGUAA